AUGGUGGAUACACAGAACGCCCCCGAGAACGAGAAGGCCAAGCGCUAUAUACAGCUAUUGGACGAAGCAAGAUGCGCCGGACGAUGGGCCGAUGUCCCUGAGCUAUGUCGCAAAGUCGAGAAGCAUGCGCCGCACCGACGAUGCCUCACCCUCACAGCGCGAUCCGACGCCCAAAUAGCCACCUAUAGCUCUCAAAGGCCCUCGACUGCCUCAUCUACCGCGUCUACCGGCGGCCUGUCAAAUAUUAUACCCACAUUACUCGCUACAAUCGAAGAAGAUGGCACCCACAGUCAAGACACCUUCCAGGCCAAUGUCUGCCUUGCCUGGGCUCAUUACGUACUGGGUGAGCCAGGACUGGUAGUUGCGCGGCUACCACAAGACUUUGGGGCAGUCGCGACCCAGCUAUCCGGGGAAGCAGGCACAUUAAGCGGCUGGUCUAGGGUCUGUCUGGUUAAGGGCACAUAUCUCAAGGGAUCCGCUCUUGAGAAAACAGGCUCUAUCCACGAGGCAGCCGCGACCUACUCGUCCAUAAUACCUUGGCUGUCUACGACGACCACCCCAAACACCGAAUCAGCCCAAUUCAAAAUGUGGGGCGAGCAGUCUCUUGUCCGCCUCUGCCAGCUCUCCGAUCAAUCUACAGGCGCCAGCGGGCAAAUCAACGCGCCUGAGGCUCUUCGUACCUACCGCUACUGGGCAAAGUUUUGGGAUGCAACAUCGAAGAACGCCGCGUCAGACACCGGCAACUCAGCACUGUACCGAAGAUUGGCAUGGAAAGCUUACUACGACUCGCUGUCCACGAUCCUCCGUUACGACCUAGCCUACGAACUUGAUUCGACGCCUAUCAUCCAAGAGAAGCCAACACCGACCGCCCAGUCCGACGCACGCUUACGGCAGCGAGCAGAAUUGAAACGAGUCGAGGCCGUUUACGAGAACUUGUUGAUAAGAGAAACAAAGUUCCCCAAAGCUAGUGAGACCAACCACGAAGUCGAAGCAUGGGUGGACUCUGUCAUGGACAACUGGCGCCUCUUGUGCGGUCCGAGCUGGAGCGACGAUGACCUAGGCGAAGGUGGAAAAGAGGGUGUCGCACGAGGUGUUCUUGAUAUCCUCUACCGAGCAGCUACCAAGACAUACCACUCUACGCAGAUCUUGCGCAAUCUCUUCGUCGUUCACGCAUCGCUAGCCGAGCCAGAACUAGCAUACAAAGCCUACGACUCGUACGUCGAGAUCAUCACACGGAACAAGGAUCGGUCAGAAAAGUCAGGUGAAGCCGAAGUGGGCAUUGAUGACGACAGUACUGUGUUGAGAACCUCUGCCGAGGCCAUUAAAAUGCUCUGUCGUUGGGGAUCUAGGCAAGAUGCUGAGAAGGCUCUCGAGAUCGGCCACAGUAUCGAACACUGGCUUGAGCAGGCGGAUCACCUCCGGUCGACGUCCGAUGCCGGUUCUGUCGCCUCAAAUCAAUCUCUGAUCGAACCUACCGCCUUAGCUGCCGCUUACUGUGCUAUUGGCGUCAGCCAAGCGCACUGGGCACGAUUGACCUACGAAGUUGAGGCACGAGCGAAGAUCCAGGCCAAAGCUAUACAGUACCUAAGGAAGUCACUCUCGCCGAGUUUCAGUGAUGAGCACAAUGUGGAAGCUCUAUACGCACUGGCUCUAGUCCUGGCAGAGAUGCGAGAUAUCCCCGGAGCCAUCAAGGUCGCCAAACGUGCACUUUCUCCGGCAACAAAGGGCACAGCCAUCAGCACAGAUGGAGUCAUAUCCGGUGGUAUUCCUACUGAAUAUGGACGCGAACGGAAGCUGAUACCUGUAUGGCACCUUCUCGCCCUACUUCUAACAUCGCGAUCAGAGUUUGCCGCUGCUGAGAAGGCAUGCGAAGCAGCCUUCGAGCAGUUCGGUGAUCCCGCCAUCCUCUUUGGCCGUAGUGACUCAGGCGCAUUCCGGAGCGAACACCUCAACGAUGUUGCUGGGCAAGAGGCUCUUGAAUCAGGUGUUGUAGACCGCAUGGAACGCUUCGAGAGGAGCAACAUACUGCAGAUUAAGAUGACGCAGCUAGCCCUGCUCGAGAUUACUGAUGGCGCUACUGCCGCGGUAGAUGGGUGCGACGAACUUCUUGCGCUGUACGGCAGACUUUUUGGUGACCCAGCAGCCGAUAAAGUGAAGCCAGUACCCGAGCCUGCGUCACUAGCGCCUCCAAAGACUGCUAUGGGUACUGGCCGAGGAAGCAUUUUCCGCGGACGAGGAUCGGUCAGGACGACGCAGCAGGAGAACAGCACACGAAAUGAAUCUGCGGUCAGCGCCAAGACAGCUACCACUCAACCAGAAGUGCCUCCUGCCAUUCAAGUCACCGAUGAUAAAGGCGCAGCUCAUGCCAACGGCCAUCACCGUCACCAUCUGUUCCAUCACCACAAACAUGAUGAAGGUCAGGCUGGCAAAGACCCUACCUCAGAGAUCCCGCCGCUGCCAGAGCACGUUCCAAACGGUACACCUACACAUAGCAGUACUGUGAAUCCGAAUUCACCUCAGCAAACCUCCGUUUCUAGUCCUCCGAGGAAGUCCGUAGAAGGUGGUGACAGACCACUGCGACCAAUAGCCCAUAACCUAGACCACACCUCCCCACCAUUGAGCCACGAACAACAUCCGCCUAGACAAGACACCCGCUUGCCCUCUCGCCUUCCGCAUGCGGACUAUAUCCCUGCUGAUCCUUACUUUUCGAAGAUCCAAGAGCGUCGUCAGAAAGUCUGCCUGUUGGUGAGCAUAUGGAUCUUCAUUUCGGGAUUGUAUUCACGGGCGCACAUGUUCCUGGACGCCAGGGAAGCUGUUGCGGAGGCAUUGAAACUGGUUGAGGCUUUUGAGGCAGAGGUGUCAUUGGAAUCCUCAACAGCCAAGGCGCUCGCUGACAAGGGAUGGGGUGGUGGUAAGAGCGUGGAGGAGUUAUGGGGUGACGUGUUUGCUGCUCGCGCAGAACAGCUCGUAGCCCAGUCAAUGAAACAUGAAGCUCGCGUAGACUUUGAGCGCGCUCUACAACAUUUCCCCGACCAUCCUGAAGCUAUUGUUGGGCUAUCGAACAUUCUUCUGGAUAUCUAUAGCGAGGCGAUAUCACUAGAGCCUACUGAUGUCGACGCCGUCUCUCAUCCUUUACCGCCGUCGGUGUCCUCCACUCAGGCAGGCGCAUCGGAAUCUAAGACGCAAUACCUCACUUCUCACACACCAUCGGCAGAGAAUCAGCUCUCCUCCCCCGAGCUCACUCGUCUUGCAGCGCGUGACCGCGCAUUCGGUCUACUGUCUACACUCACCAAGCUUGGUGCCGGUUGGGAUUACUCCGAGGCGUGGUAUGCGAUGGCUAGAGCGUAUGAGGAAAGCGGACAGAUUGACAAGACAAAGGAUGUGCUUUGGUGGUGCGUUGAGUUGGAGGAUACGCAUCCUGUACGUAGCUGGAAAGUGGUGACCACUGGUGGGUUUGUGCUGUGA